GUUUGUAAAACUACUUACCGGCACUGUGGCUUUGAACUGUAUACUUUAACCAUCCAGUUUCUAUUUAGCUUACUUGACCUCCCCUUCACAGAGAUAAUUUAUCUCGCUAUCUGGUCGUUAACGUAAUACGAACAUAAAAAUGUGGUCAUAUAACCUAACUAACUACUAUCAGUGGAAUAAAACAGCUGUUACAAUGGUGGACCAAGAGAUGCCAUCUUCUUUGUUAGAGCCAGUUCAAACAGUUAACCCAACAGAGACCUGGGCCAAAUUUCCUGAAAUAACAGACAGUCCUUGGAAGUGGACUAAUGACGGAGCAAGACCCACAUGUAACAGUAACUGCAUUCAGUUUCUCAGCGACAAAACGGUCAAGUGGAAUAAAGAGAAAAAGAGUCAAGGUUAUUGGAAGCUUGACAGUGAUAUGAAGAUUCUGGAAACCAAAUUUCAUGGUGCUGUCCACGAGUUAAGAUACAUUGUUGAAGAAAGAAAAGCGGUAGUGAUAAACUGUGGUCAAAAUGUACCGGGAGCAAUUUGGGAAACGGUAACUAGCCUAUCGGACUACGAACGAAGAGGAAAAGAAAUAGCCACUUUCUACUGUUCAACAGAAGAGGAACUCUCUGUUAUGAGUCCCCCAGCUCCCCAACAAACCUACAAAGAUCGAUAUCCGGACAACACGAUAAACGAAGAUCCUCGUAUAACAGAUAACAAAACAAAACAGCAGAACUAUGAAGCCGAAGUGAUAGUCUACCGUGCAUUGGAGAUGUUAAAAGAACGCCUGAUUGUUCUUCACGGGUUUAAGUUCACACAUUACCAGUAUACUUUGUGUGACAGGAACCAUGAUAGGAGGCAUUGUGGACAGUGUAAGAGGCCUAAAAACUCUGAGGAAUGUGAUUUUUUGAUUAUCGGAGAGGGCUUCUUUGUAGUCAUUGAAGUUAAGAACCCAGCAUCUGAUGGGAACCCCACCAUAGCAUUCAAGGGAUCAUGA